AAAAACACAAAUGCAUCGUCAAUUGAGUAAGAUUAAAGAAAAAGUUUUACAAAGAAGUAAUAGUAAAUGAAAAAAUAUUUUUAUAAAUUUAUACCAAUCACAUUUGCUAAUACAACAGCGUCAUCAUGACAAUAUCAUUGGUCGUAUCAUUCUGCAUUAAUGAUAAGUAUAGAGAAAUUUAGUGUGAUUUAAACUAGCUAGUAAUUGAACGUGCUUAACUUAUAAAUGUUCAAUUUUUUCUUUCAAAAAACUGUAAAUCCAGUAUUAAAUAUUAAAUAUUUUAAUAGACAUGUAAAAGAUAAUAAAAAGUGCUGUAUCAGCAUGACUUGUAUAAUAUGUUGAACAUGCUUAGUAGAUUAAAAUCAAUUAAUAAUCAGUCAAAGAAUAUCUCUAGUUAUUUCAGUGAAGGAAUUUUUGAAAAAUAAAGAAGAAAAACACACAAAUGUUAAAAAAAAAACAAUAAAAUACGUUGUGUACAUUUGGAUGUCACGUCAAGAGGAACGUUUGAAUUGGAGCGUAAUUUGUAGUUGCGCAAUAAGUCAAUCGUAUUGUUAACGUGGUUACAUUACUUUUACCGGGUGUAUGAUACAAGAUACUUGUUUUGAUGUUGACUUCAAUAUUUAUAACAUGAGCGUUUAAUAUUUUAUUGACACAAGUAAUAAAAACAAUUAUUAUAAUUCAAUGGAAAAUAUAUUUGAACAUGUGGAAAAUAAAUAGUAAGAGCACUUAUCACGUUUUCCACGAUUGUGACAUGACAAAGUGAAUCAGUCAGCUGGUCAACGUCAUUACGAUUUGCCCCACCUUUUUUACUCUUGUUUUAUUGUUUUAAUCAUAUCAAUCACUGUUGGAAUAAUUUUCUACUAUUUUGUGAGGCAUGAAGUCUAAUUGUUAUAAAAAAUUGACAAUAUUUACUGCGCAUUAUUUAUUUCAUAACUUUUAUAACCUAGUGAUCAUACUGAACGAAUCUUACAGUUUUUAAUCAACAUCUUCACACAAUUUAGAUUUAAAUAAUUUAUUCAUUACUGAAUAAUUUUAAUGGAUGAAGCAGAAGAUAAUGCAUCAUCAAAAAAUCUUGGUUCAGGCUCAGGAAAUCCAAUUCUUAAUCAAGUUUCAUGUUUUGACAUGGAUGAUGAAGGGGAUUGGGAAAAUAUCCUCAAGAAUGAAAAAUAUGGCAUUUAUGGAGACAUGACAUUUUGUAUGGCUGAUCAUAUUAAAGACACAAUGCAAAUGAUGUUUAUGAUGAGAAGCCAUCAUAUGCUCACUGAUGUGUGUUUAGAAGUUGGCACUGAGUUAUUUUAUGCUCAUAAAAUUAUUUUAGCUGCUGCUAGCCCAUAUUUUAAGGCAAUGUUUACUGGAGGUUUGAAAGAGUCUGAAAUGACAAGAAUAAAAUUACAAGGAGUUUGUCCAACAGCCAUGGCACGACUAAUUUUUUUUAUGUAUACUGGACGAAUCCGAGUAACAGAACUGACAGUUUGUACUUUACUUCCAGCAGCCACAAUGUUUCAAGUGAAUAAUGUAAUAGAAGCUUGCUGUAUCUUUUUGGAACGACAGUUAGAUCCAACAAAUGCUAUUGGUAUUGCUAAUUUUGCUGAACAACAUGGAUGUAAAAAUUUGUAUCAAAAAGCAAAUCAAUUUAUUGUACAGCAUUUUAGCCAAAUAUGUCAAGAAGAGGAAUUCUUACAACUAUCAGCUAUGCAAUUGAUUGCUCUUGUCAAAAAAGAUGAACUAAACGUACAGGAAGAACAAGAAGUUUACAAUGCUGUUCUGAAAUGGGUGAUGUACAAUGAAGAAGCAAGAGGUCCUAAGAUGGCACAUAUUUUGCAAGCUGUUCGUUGUCAAUAUUUAACUCCAAGUUUUUUACGUGAUCAAAUGAAAAAUUGUGAAAUACUGAAAAAAGCGCCUGCUUGCAGAGAAUAUCUUGCAGAAAUUUUUAAAGAACUUACAUUGCAUAAAAAACCAGUAGUGAAACAAAGAACUCCAAAUACAAAAAGAGUCAUUUACAUAGCUGGUGGCUUUUUAAGACAUUCAUUAGAUAUUCUUGAAGGAUUUAAUGUAGAUGAUAAAAUUUGGACUCAACAUGCAAAAUUACUUGUACCUCGGUCAGGAUUAGGAGGAGCAUUUUUAAAAGGAAUGUUUUAUGUGAUUGGUGGAAGAAAUAAUUCUCCUGGCAGUAGGUAUGAUAGCGAUUGGGUUGACAGAUAUAAUCCAAUUACUAAUCAAUGGAGACCCUGCAAUCCUAUGACUGUGCCUCGAAAUCGAGUAGGAGUAGCAGUAAUGGAUGGUUUAUUAUAUGCUGUAGGUGGGAGUGCUGGUGCAGAAUUCCAUAAUAGUGUUGAAUGUUAUGAUCCUGAUCAAGAUAUCUGGAAACGAAUAAAAUCAAUGCAUGUAAAACGACUUGGAGUAGGAGUUGCUGUAGUCAAUAGAUUAUUGUAUGCAGCUGGUGGAUAUGAUGGAACAGAUCGUUUAAACAGUGUUGAAUGUUAUCAUCCAGAAAAUAAUGAAUGGACAAUGGUAUCUCCUAUGAAACACAGUCGUUCUGGUGCUGGGAUAGCAAGUUUAGGACAAUAUAUUUAUGUAGUCGGUGGAUAUGACGGAACUGAUCAAUUAAAUUCUGUGGAACGUUAUGAUACUGAACGUGAUUUAUGGGAAGAUGUUAGUAGUAUGACAAUAGCUCGAAGUGCUUUAAGUGUUACGGUACUCGACGGAAAGCUAUAUGCCAUUGGGGGUUAUGAUGGCUCGACAUUUCUUAGUACCAUAGAAAUUUAUGAUCCAGCAUUAGAUAAAUGGGAAACAGGUACUCCAAUGACUUCAGCAAGAUCUGGGCAUGCGAGUGCCGUUUCUUACUAUCAAUGUCCUCUUCAUUCGUCACGGUCAGAUGGCCAUACCUCAGAAACUGAUCAUGAGCCUACGUGACACACAGAAAAAACUUAUUUUUUUCUAAAAAAAUGUAGAAAACGACAACAUGAAUAAGAACCGGUUGUUUUUAAUUAA